ACUUCCGGUACACAUCGAUUAGCUCCGUGUCAAGGGUCUCGGAAGUCUGUGAUGUCCGAGUUAGUAAUGGUGGGUGAUCCCUUUUUUUCCUUUUCCUUCCUCACCUCGUUGCCUUCAUAAGAGGACGGCCAGUAUCUUACCCGGGGUGCUAAGUGAGGCGGCGGCCAGGGGUUACUCUGGGGUCUGUGAUAAGUGAUGCAGGGUUUUAUUUUAUUUCUAAUCCACGCAAAAGACCGUAAAGUUGGGGCUAGUGCAGAAAUGUUAAGAGUGGGCAGUGCUAAGUGAAGAAACCCAUAUUUGAAUAGAUUAAUAAAACAUUGGCUUUAAUUGCCACUGAAGCUUUAAUUUGUUUUGGUGCAUUCUGUCCUGCUUUUAUCCGCGUACUUCCAUGUCAAGUGCAGAUGAGAUUGUAAACAUGGAAAGGGUGGGGAGAAGAACCAUGUGCAGCCAUGAAACUGCCAGCACAUUUCGCAAAGCUAAGCAGGAUCCGGUAUGGUUUCACAUCGCUUGGAUGGGGAACCAACACAUGUUGUGAUUCCUGCAUAUUGCAAUGGGGGUUGGGCUAGAUGACCCUGGAGGGGGAGGCGGCCCCUUCAAAAUUUACGAUUCCAUGAUUUCUAUAUAAACUCCUCCUCCGACUGCCCUUGUCCCUGCAGAAGGUCCCGCUAGCAAUUCUAUGCAAAGGCUGCGUGUGACUUUUCAUCCAUUUACAGUGGUACCUCAGGUUAAGAACUUAAUUCGUUCCGGAGGUCCGUUCUUAACCAGAAACUGGUUAAGAAUUGCUGCCACCGCACAAUUUCUGUUCUCAUCCUGAAGCAAAGUUCUUAACCCCAGGUACUACAGUGGUACCUCGGGUUACAUACGCUUCAGGUUACAAACUCCGCUAACCCAGAAAUAGUGCUUCAGGUUAAGAACUUUGCUUCAGGAUGAGAACAGAAAUCGUGCAGCGGUGGCGCAGCGGCAGCAGGAGUCCCCAUUAGCUAAAGUGGUGCUUCAGGUUAAGAACAGUUUCAGGUUAAGAAUGGACCUCCGGAACAAAUUAAGUACUUAACCCGAGGUACCACUGUAUUUCUGGGUUAGCAGAGUCUGUAACCUGAAGUACCACUGUAUUAUAUACACUGCCUCUCUCCUUGGUGUGUUUAUCUCAUCCUCCACUUUUUGUCCUUACAGCAACCCUGUAAGGUGUGUGAGGUGAAGAGACGUAGUGACCUACUAGCCCAAACUCACCUAGAGAACUUUGUGAUUUGAACCAGGAUCUUUCAUAAGAUUCAUUCACAGCACUUGAUUGUAAAAAAAAAAAAGACUAAAAAGGCUUCAAAGCGGUUUACAAAAGAUGAAGCAGUAAAAUCAAGAAAAAAUGACAACCCUACUUUAAAACACACAAAAUGUUAAAAUACUAAAAUAGUCUAAAAUUACACACCGACUUUCUAAGCAUCUUGGUAAGCUUGCCUAAACAAAUGGUUUAGGCAGGCUCCUGCUUGAUCUGAAUAGGCAAGGAGUUCCAAAGUGAAGGCGCCGCCAUACUGGACGGUUGAGUUCAUACAAAUGUGGAAUGGGUAUUAUGUGGCACCUGUAACUGUGUUAAUUCGGCUGACCGAAGUGUAGUGUAAGGCGAUCUCAUAGGUAAAUUGUUCCCAAGCAGCUAAGGGCUGAAUAGACUAAUAGCAACACCUUAAACUUGGCUUAGUAGCAAAUAGGCAACCAGUUCAGAUCUCUGAGCGCAUGUGUUAAAUGCUGACAAGGCCUCACUCCCGUCAGCAAUCGCGCAGCAGCAUUCUGCACUAACUGCAGCUUCCAGAUCAAGCCCCACAUACAGCUAAUCCAGUCUUGAAGCAACCUACCCAACCUUAGCCCCCCACACUGUCCCAUUAUGACUGACCAGAUCUGGUGCUUAGAGAGUUCUGAUAUAACUUGUCUGUGGCCUUUUGUAAUGGAAGAAGGCAAGUGGGAGAUAUGUCUCUGAAUUUGCAUAGCUUUGCUUCUCUGGAAGUUUUAUGUGUUGCAGAUUUCCUACAAGGAUGACGUAUCUACAAGCUGUUUCAUAUGUUUACUACACCUGCCUAAACCCUGUGUGUUGUUGUCAUAAAUGUGAUAUAUGUGAGCAGUGUAACAUAGUGGGAACAUGGAAAAAAUCGUUGAAAAAAAUCAUCAUCCAAUCAGGCUUGGAUGUUCCAAAUGCAUAUUUCAUUAUCAUAGAAGUUGCUGAUGCAAUCUUCUGUGUGCUCCCACUUUGCUGCUGCUUUGCCCGUGUUGAUGUGAACAAAACCAUAAACGUUAUGUCUACACCAGCUGUGAAACAAUUCUAUGCAUUAUGCAGAAUGUGGUAUAACUGUACAACUUCAGACUGCAGGGAGAGAAAAAGAGAGUUCCAUUUUAAAUGCCUGCCCCUAAACUAGCAUAUGCAGGAAAACACACACGCAAAGACUGCCUGUUUUAUGUGGAGAUGCUUUAAAAAAUAUUGUCCCCCACUAGAAUUCUACUGCUUUGCUCUACCGCUAUAAUUUCCCGUUUCCAAUAUUAAAAUGCUUAUGCACCCAAAAGGACACCACCCACAUACAAGAGGGAGAUAACAGCAGGUUUGGAUUUGCAGAAAUUCAUAUUUUAAAACCUUAAUGGGGAAGAUCCCCCCAAAAAGCCCAGUGAAGGCUGAGUGUGUUCAUUGUCUAUAGAUAAUGACAGACAGCUGAGGAAUAAAAGAGUCAAUGGGAUGUGAGCAGUAAUGGAGUAUUGUGUUGGAGGUCAUAGCUGACUGCCUGGAACAAUGUUUUGUUUCAGGUCCCUUGUGUUCUACAAAAUGUGUAGAUUGAUUCCUACACAGAAGUCUAUUAAAUAGUUAAUAGGCCAUGCAUUUAGACUUGUGGAACAAAUUCCUGAUCAGUGGACUAUGAAACUCAAGUCACAUAAAAUUAUGUUUAGUCCAGCCACAGGAGAGUAUUCUGAAAUAAUGCUCAUUUCUACUGUUGUAAACAGGCAGCUUGCAUCUCUUGACUCUGCCGGAAUUCAAAAUAAUGUGCAUUUAAAAUAAUGGCCAUGGAUGUGGGUCAGGAUGAUAGAAGGCGUGAGGAAAAUAAGAAAAGCUUAGCCAUUUUUUCUAGUCUAGCAUUCUGUUUCCAGCAGUGCCUAACCAAAGCUUAGAAAGGGUUACAAAUAGGGUAUCAAAGCAACUGCCCUCUCUUCUUUAUCUCACCAUCAUUUGGUAGUUGCAGAAAUAUUGGCUAUGACUUGGGAGUUUCUACCUAGCUACCCUGGCAAUUAACUGUUGAUCGGCUUAUCCUUCAAGGACGCAUCUGUUACUCUGGCUGGUGGGCAGAAGUGAAAGAAAGAGCACUGAUGAGUUUGAGUUGCAAUAAACCUAACUGUUAGGACAAAAGUUAAGUCCUUUGCAAUGAAGGAUGUAAGUUGAUACAGGCAAGGUCUGUCACUUCAAGAUUGCUUCGUAAAUUGGUUCUCUCAAAUAUUAGUGGUUUGGUUGCAGCUGGGAAAGGAGCACACUUUGAGAACAAGUUCAGUGUACUGCUAAAAAAACUAAGGUCAAGCUUUCUCUCUCUUCGCAGGUGUAGUCUUGGUGCAGAAUGGGAAUAAACACUGUAAACCUUGGAUCUUUCUGCCCUGUACAGAGAACACAUGCACAGCUUCAUAAAACCAAGUUUCUCCAACUUUUGGAAAUGCAUUUUUGUUAAGGAUUCCUUUGACUGAUUAUAGGAGCGAGAAAACUAUGCUUAGCCAGUGGCUGCAUUUAUGCCCUGUUCCCAGCACUUUGCUUAUCACACCACACUCUGGACGGUGACUGCUGCAGUUCCCCUAAAAGCAUGUUUGCGCUUGUGAAAAGGGCAUUGCGGCUUGCUGUCAGCCUCAAGAGGUCAUAUCAUGCUGGCAUUUUUUCGUUUCUUUCUCUGGGUUUGGAAAAGUCUCCCAGACAUCGCGUCACAUUCCUCAGGCGAUAUUCCUCUGAGACUGGCAAGGUGACAGUUGUCUUGUCUACUUAAAAAAUACUUGUUAUUGGGUUGAUUUCAGCAUGAUUAAGUUUACCUUGUAAAUAAUGUAGCUGAGAAGUAAAUGGGUGGCAAAAAAAUUUCAUAGCAAGUUGCAAUCCAAGUCAUUGGAUUGGGUUCUGAAGUAGAUGACACCAGGUAGCUAAUUCCUGCUACUAUUUUGCAAACAUAAUGAUACUCCAUGGUCACCUGAUGUUUUUCUCCCCUCUUACCACUUUUUUUUUGUUAAAUGAGUAUCAGGGGGGUUAAAGGUUUAUCAAAAAUCCAAGUCUUAAGAACAUAACCUUGGAAGUAAGUCUCAUUCAUUUUAGUGAAGCAUAUCUCCCAAGUAGGUAUGUUUUGAGUUUAUUUAUUUAUGUUUUGAGUUGGUCUGUUUAUUUAGUAGAGAUGCGGGUGACGCUGUGGGUUAAACCACAGAGCCUAGGGCUUGCUGAUCAGAAGGUCGGCGGUUUCAAUCCCCGCGACGGGGUGAGCUCCCAUUGCUCGGUCCCUGCUCCUGCCAACCUAGCAGUUUGAAAGCACGUCAAAGUGCAAGCAGAUAAAUAGGUACCACUCCGGCGGGAAAGUAAACGGCGUUUCCGUGCGCUGCUCUGGUUCGCCAGAAGCAGCUUAGUCAUGCUGGCCACAUGAGGCUGUACGCCUGCUCCCUCGGCCACUAAAGCGAGAUGAGCACCGCAACCCCAGAGCCGUCCGCAACUGGACCUAACGGUCAAGGGUCCCUUUACCUUUAGUUAUUUAGUAAAUUUGUAUGCAACAUAUGAGUUCACAACAGUAGAGUGGUUCACAGCAUGUAGUUGCCACCUGAAACAUCUCGGUUAAGAGUGACUAUCAAUUGACUGCGUAGCUACUGUAUGUGUAUGCGGUGACGAAUAGUUACUCUUAACUGAGAUGUUACGAGCUGCAACUUAAAACACACUGUGUGUGUGUAACAUAAUUCAGUGUUCCCUAGACUAGUGUUCUCCAGGUGUUUUAACUUGGCUACUGUCGAGUUGCCUAAUGUGAGCUGCACUACUUUGGAAAGAACAGCACAGUUUAAGUUACUCUUGUUGAGCUAUAAAGCCCUAAGUUUCAUCUUGGGACCAACCAUAGGGGCAGUCUUUUCUGUUACGUUGCCCAGUUUGUGAAAUCACCCCCAUCCCUUGAAAUAAGACAGCCACUGAUUUUAUUACUAUUAUUUAAAUUUAACAACCUUUCUGUUUGCCCAUGCAUUUGUUGCUUAUUAAUGCAGAUGGAAAACAAAAGCUGUAAGGGCACUAAAGGGAUUUUGCAUCAGAACCACAAACUUUUAUUGGCCUGGUCCUCCUCCCAGUUUUGUACCUUGGAGCAAAAAAUGUGAAAUGGUAUCUUUUGGGUUUUUAACGAGAGUAUAAAUACAUUGGCAAAUACAUUGGUCCACCACCCCAGACUAUUCAUGAUUUGUGACCCUUUUCCUUUAUGUGCUUUAGGAUACAGUGGACAUGUCAUUGUUUCCUGUUGAAAACAUUAGAAAUUUCAGCAUAAUAGCUCAUGUGGACCAUGGAAAAAGUACUCUAGCAGAUAGGCUGCUGGAGAUAACAGGUGAGAUAAUUUUACAGUAUGCUUUAUUUCUUUGGGUACUGCCUGGGGGAUGUAAUCCAUUGGAACAGUCAAAUACAACAUUCCUUAUUUCCCUAGAGUGGGCACAACAGGUAACUUCCUGUUCCACUGGUCUGGAGUGUCUUCCCCCUGCAUGUGAUCUGGGAGAUGGGCAUGGUCAUGGUUUCCUCCAUAAAAGAGCCGAGUCACGCAGCCAUUUUCUCUCUCUUGAUCUCUCUCUUGCUUGCUGCCAUGCUGCUCUCCUGCAGCCAUUUUGUUCUCUUAAUGUAAUUUUGCUGUCUGCUGGCUCCCAGCUAGCAGCACAUGAGUUCAGUCUACAUGUGAGAUGAACUCACAGAUAGUUAUGUAACUACUAAGUCAAGCCUGCCUUUCAGGGAUCAAAUCGUGAACUGAAACGUGAGUAAACCUCUUGUUACUUUUAAGGAAAGACUCUUGUGUCUUUAUUCUAUUAAGAGGGAUAAAAGGGGACACCAGGAAUAAUGGGCAAGCCAGAUUGGAUUACUUAACUAAAGAGAUUCAAAUGAAUCUGCAAACCAGCUUCCUGCUAUAUUGAAGGGAAUCUGCUCUGAAGGAAGGAUAGUACUUAUUCAGUAUAUCCUUUCCUGAUAUCCUUGACGUUCCCACACUUCAUUUAAAAUAAAUACCGAGGCAGAACAUGUAAAACAGCGACAUAAGACAAAAUAGAAUAAUAAAAGCCAUAUGGAUAAAACGUCAUAUUCAGUUAUGAUAGCAAGGUCCUAUUAAUAGUCAGGAAAAGCUUGGGUGAAGCAGUCUGAUUUCUCUUGCUGUUGGAAGCAAACAUUUAGCAGCUUCCUGAUCUACACAAGGGAGAUGCCACAGGGGAGAAAGCCCUUCUUUCCAUGGUGAGGUGGUGACCUGUAGGCCAUGGAAUGGCUACCAGGACCUGCUUCACAGACUGUGGUAAUCGUCUUCGUCUUCGUUAUUUAUGCACAGCAAUUAUGAUUCCAAUACCAGUUUCAUUUUCCAUGCUGACCAUUGUUUAUAGAUUCAGUAGAAUACUUCUAAUGUAUAUCGUUUCCAUACCUAAAAUAGAACGCUUUAUGGUAAUGGCUAUGGUAUUGUAAAUUGUAAGUUUUCUUUCACUACCUGAGUGUGCAUUUUUGUCACAGAAGUGGGACGCUAAAGUUUCCAUUCUAUUUUAUUGUGUUUAAUUUGGGGGACAACUGUUUUGUGAAAUGGCAGUCAGUUUGCAUUAAAAAAACGUGUUAACCUUACUACCAAAAGAGGUUUACACAUUUCUCCUUCCAGCUAAACAUUCUCAGAUUUUCAAAGUCACAGAGGCAACAUAUGAUAUGCACACAUACGACUUGUGUAACUUGCCUUGUUUGCUGAAUCCGCCUUUGUCCAUUGAAAGUGUGCAGCUCUUAACUCUUCUUUUUCAUAGGGAUCUUCUAUAUAGACUAGCAUCUCUACAGAUGACAAUGUAUCCAGCUCCCUUCCUAUCAUUUUCAUGCGUAGCACCUACUUAGGUCCCUGAUUAUUUUUUUGGUAGCCUAGUGUUGUCCAUCUGUUGAACUCCAAACCAGUAACAGAGAAUUCUUUUAUUUAUUUAUUUGACCCUAUCUACAUCAAGCUAUAUUCUAUCCUUAUCACCAAACUCCGAAUAUAAUUGCACACUGUAUUAAUUGACAUCAUUUUUUAAUAUAUUAGUGGCCAUGUGAUAAUUUUAGCUUAUAACUGUUAUUGUUUAAUGUCUUAAUUUGUAUAUUAAGGUACUUUUAUAGCUCUGUUUAGAGUAGGUAAUGUCUUGAUAACAUAAAUGUUUUAAGUUUUUUGUAUCAAUCCAGUAUAUUUUCUUUUAAUUGUUGAAUGAUUCUGUGUACAUUGUGGCAGCCUUUGGCUAUGUGCAAUAAAACUGACUGAGUGACUGACAGUUUUGAGAGCAGCCCUUUCACCAAUCAGUUGCUCGAAUAUGUUUUAGAUGAUUUUCCCUGAGCAUUGUCUGCCUGCUCCACUAAACUUUGGAACCCUAGCUUUCUUGAUAGGAAUAGACUGAGAAAGAUAACACAUAAAAUUGAUCGUGGUUUUUUUUUAAAAAAACAGCCAUAGGUCUAUGAGAAUUAAACAUGGCUAUGCAAAAAUGGACACUUAUCACAAUGUACAUUAAUUAUGGAGUAUUUUUGACCCUCUAGGAACCAUUGCCAAAACAGACCAUAACAAACAGGUGCUGGAUAAGUUGCAAGUGGAACGAGAAAGAGGAAUCACCGUUAAAGCCCAGACUGCCUCUCUGAUUUAUAACCACAAAGGAACAAAUUACCUCUUAAAUCUCAUUGAUACACCUGUAAGUUAAUCAUCAACAUUGCUGAAGUAAUACGAAAUUGAACUAUUGUUGUUGUUUUUGAAAAAGUAAAUAUUGAAUGCUUCUAGAUUAUUAUAUUUUGCAUUAUUGUUACUUCUUGUUGCUGGUUUUUUACUUUGGCUUUAUUCUGCUGUUGGUUUUAUUUUAUUUAGCUUUUAAGUGUAUGCUUUAUUUGUUUACUUCAAGGGUUGUCUGUUUUGCUCAGAGGGGAGACCCAUUGAAAUGAAUGAACCGAAGUUAGUCAUGCCCAUACAUUUCAGUGGGUCUGUUCUGCAAACAGCGAACAGUUGGGGGAGGGAACCCUCUGGUUUUCACUUUUUACAGCAAACUGCCCAGAUAAUUGGGUGGCGUGUAAUUAUUGUAAAAUAAAUAUAUAAAUAACCACAGACUGGAGCAAAUCCAUGGCUGUGAUCUAGUAACACUGAAUUGGUUGUGCAGCUCAGUCCAUGCAGGGAUACAGUGGUACCUCAGGUUAAGUACUUAAUUCGUUCUGGAGGUCCGUACUUAACCUGAAAUUGUGCUUAACCUGAAGCACCACUUUAGCUAAUGGGGCCUCCCGCUGCUGCUGCACCGCCGGAGCACAAUUUCUGUUCUCAUCCUGAAGCAAAGUUCUUAAGCUGAAGCACUAUUUCUGGGUUAGCGGAGUCUGUAACCUGAAGCGUAUGUAACCUGAAGCGUAUGUAACCCAAGGUACCACUGUACCAUGUUCUGGUAUAUUAGCGGUGAGGAAUCCUUAUGCCUGCUUUAGGGGUUGGAUAAAGCUCCGUUGUUAUCAGGCAGGAGCGAAGCAGAGCUGCAAUUAAUCACUGGACACACUGCAGUUGUUAGACUAAUGCAACUAAUUUAUUAAAUAGGAGAAGCUGAGUUAAUGAGGGGGUUUAGAAAGAUUGAAGCAAAUGAACUGGAUGAGUCAUCCAGAAGUCUUCAUUGCUCAGCACAGGGAGGAAUUUGUUGACUCUCACGGUUUCUUCAAAAGAAAGUACAAAUACAAGGUGUCACAGGCCUAAGACCCUAUGCAGGUGCAUCCCAGAUAACUUGGACUACAAUUCCCAUCCACCUUAGCUAUCUUGGCCCAAUGGUCAUGUCAGGGAUGAUGGGAGUUGUAGUCAUCAUGGAGAACCCCAGGUUGGAGAUACUUAGUCCCUCCUAUAUUUUGUUCCCUCCUCCCCACAAAAUAAAAAUUCUGUCAUUCUUCAGGAACUACAGUUAAUUAAAUACAGGUCAAGAAGCUUUCAUAACUAAUUUCCUAAAGGGGGUAGGUUGCUGUUUUGAUGUUAUGAGCCGUUCCUCCAAGAUACGUGAGUCUCUGGCAUAGGUGUGUUGUCCGUGGACCCCUAAUUGGGAACCACUGAUUUUGACAAUAUUCACAAAAUGGCAGAAACUAGAUUCGAUAGAUAGAUAAAUUUUAUUGUCAUUGUCCGUAUAUACACAGUAUACACAACAACGAAAAUCAAACACCCACUCGAAGACCGGGUUCACAUACACAUUUGCACGUAUCUCCAACACUCUCAUCCUAUUCAGACAUAAUCUAUAAAAACAUAUCAUACUCCAGAAUGUAACAUAACCUAUUAAAAGCAUAACAUAACCUAAAAACCUGUCUCAUUCCUUCCUACUCCCUGCUUGCUAUUCCUUGCAACUGGCCCUGAGAUCAUUAUUUAGUGCAAUCAGAGCUCUUGGAUAGAAACUAUUCAGAAGGCGUGUGGUUCGUGUUUUCAUUGUCCUAUAUCUUCUGCCCGAAGGCAACAGUUCAAAGAAGUUGUGAGCAGGAUGGGUGGGAUCUCUCAGGAUAUUGUGUGACUUCUUCAAAGUGCGAGACGUGAAGAUCUCAUCCAGGGUUGGUAGUUGGAGCCCACUAACAUUCUGGGCAAUUUUAAUUAUUCUCUGGACAGGCGUUUUAUCCGUUUCAGAGCUGCUCCCAUACCACGAUAAUAUACUAUAUGUUAAGACACUCUCGAUGGUACUGUGAUAAUAGGACAGAAGUAGGUGCUGAGAUAGAUUCAGUCCCCUGAGCAUUCUCAGGAAAUACAACCUCCCCUGCACCUUCCUCACAACCAUAUUAAUAUUUACAGUCCAUGAGAGGUCCUCAGAGAUGUAAGUGCCCAGGUAUUUAAAACUACCAACCCUCUCCACCUCCUCGCCAUUUAUGUGCAAUGGUAAAAAUACGCUUUUCUUUCUCCUAAAGUCAAUUAUGAGUUCUUUGGUUUUUUGGUGUUAAGCAUAAGAUUGUUUUCUUUACACCAUUGAAUUAACCCCUGUACUUCUUUCCUAUAAGCAGUCUCAUCGUUCUCACUAAUGAGCCCCACCACUGUUGUAUCAUCCGCAAAUUUGAUGAUUGUGUUGGACUCAUACAGUGGGGUGCAAUCAAAUGUGUACAGGGAAUAGAGAAGGGACUUAGCACACAUCCCUGAGGGGCUCCUGUGCUUAAUACUAGAGUAGAAGAAUAGUAAGGGCCCAUUCUCACUGUCUGCGGCCUAUCAGUCAGGAAAUUCCUUACCCACAGACAGAUCUUCUGAUGUAUACCCAAAUUGGUCAUUUUAAGAAAUAACCUGUCUGGCAGAAUUGUAUUGAAGGCAGAACUGUAGUCCACAAACAACAGCCUUGCGUAGGUUCCCUGUCGUUCUAGAUGACUCAGUACAGUAUGGACAGCGAUGGAAAUAGCAUCAUCAGUAGAUCUAUUUCUUCUGUAUGCAAACUGGAACGGGUCUAGAGUGGAUGGAAGACCAGCCUUAAUAUGAUCUAGCACCAAUCUCUCAAAACAUUUCAUAACGACAGAUGUUAAGGCUAUUGGUCUAUAGUCAUUGAGAGAUACCACCACUGACUGCUUGGGGACUGGCACUAUAAUCGAUGUCUUCAGGCAGGUAGGGACAGAACCCUGCAACAGGGAUAGAUUAAAAAUGUCCGUAAACACACCAGCUAAUUCUGCAGCGCAGUCCCUAAUAGCCCGUCCCAUGAUUCCAUCCGGUCCAGCUGCCUUCCUAAUGUCAAUGCUCCGAAAGGCACGUUGUACGUCACAGGUCUGUAAUAAAAAUGGUUGUCUAUCAGUAGUAGUUUCUGAUGAUGUGCUGGUAGCCAAUGCUGUAGUGACGGUAGUUCCAGUUCCCACCUCAAGGCGACUAAAAAAUUGAUUCAGUUGAUCAGCCAGGUGCGCACUGCUGCUAGCCAGUUCGUUUUUAAUAUUUUGCCCUGUAAUUUGUCGCAGGCCUUGCCAUACUCGACGAGGGUCGGAGCUCUCAAAAUGUUUUUCGAUCCUCCGGCAGUACAUAGCUUUGGCGUUCCUAAUGCCCUUUUUCAAUUUGGCUCUGGCUUCUCUAUACUGUUGCGCAUCACCAGAGUGAAAAGCAGCAUUUCUUGCCUUUAACAGAAGAUACACAUCCCUGUUUAGCCAGGGCUUGUUGUUAGGGAACACCCGUAUUUGUUUGGUGGUAGUGACAACAUCAAUGCAGCUUUUAACGUAGAACAGUACUGUUGAAGCGUAUGUGUCCACAUUAUUCUCCACAAAGAGCGACCACUCGGUGCUCCGAAAGCAAUCUUGAAGUUGCUCAGAUGCACCUACUGGCCACACUCGUAUCUCUCUAGUUGAUGGUCUAAUUCUGCGUACGAGAGGUCUAUAUGAUGGUAUCAUAAGUAAAGAUAUGUGGUCUGACUGCCCCAAAUUGGGCAAGGGCUUGGUCUUGUAUCCAUGCAUGAUGUUACUAUAUACUCGGUCCAGGGUAUUUCCCCCCCUAGUGGGACAAUCAACAUACUGGUGGAACUUAGGGAGCACAGUUCUUAAAUCGGCUCGGUUAAAAUCACCAGCAACCACAAAUGCUCCAUCCGGGUGGGCCCGCUGCUGUCUGCUAAUAGCAGUCAGCAGGUGGCCCAUAGCUGUAGUAGUGUUUGCAUCGGGAGGUAUAUACACCGCUGUUAUUAUAACAACAUUAAACUCACGUGGCAAAUAAAAAGGGCGGCACUUCACCACUAGGUACUCCAAGUCAGGAGAGCAAUGCGUGUCCAUUUGUUUGAUGUCCGAGCUCCAGUUGUUAUUUAUAUAAACGCAAAUUCCUCCUCCUCUGCUCUUCCCGGAUUCGGCGGUUCUAUCCGCUCUAAUUACUGAGCGUCCUUCUAGCUGCAGAAGUCCCUGUGGAAAGGAGGGAUCCAGCCACGUCUCUAGAAGGACCAUAACACAGCAGUCCCGGAUACUUUUCUGCCGAGAGAUAAUAAGUUCCAACUCCUCUACCCUGUUGGGCAAGGAUCUCACAUUUGAUACAAGGAGACUUGGCAAUGCAGGCUUGUGGGGAUUUUUACCUAGCCUCACUCGUAGACCAGCCCUGCAACCCCUCUUCUGCUUGCGUCCCCUCCGUUUCCUUUUCUUUCUGGCAAGGAGAGCAAGGGGAGUAUCCCAAGAAUGUGCAAAAUAUGGAGGCUCUCUGAUAAGCUCAGCUGGAAUGUUAUAGGUUGAGACCUCCUGGCUGCAACCUUCUCCUCUGCCGAUACUUAAGAGCUCUUGACGACUAUAAAUUACUUGUGCCUGAGUAUUCACAGUCCCUAGCAGCAAUAAGUUCACAAGUAAAAAUAAAACACAAAUCACUGAAUACCGGUCUUCGGAGUGCCGAGCCGCUGCAAGUGCUUGCGCCGCCAUCUUGCACGAUGCUUUCUGGUAAGCUGUCAGUGGGUUACAUGACUUCAUGGUGUUCUUUUGAUGGUCUUUUUAACCAGACCUUGGGAUGCCAAGUUCUUGAAAUGUUUGCAUUGCUUGUUUCCCCCCUUACAGGGCCACGUAGAUUUUAGCUAUGAAGUCUCACGGUCGUUGUCUGCUUGUCAAGGCGUCUUGCUUGUAGUGGAUGCAAAUGAGGUAGGGUUUGUAAAGCAUUUAUCUUUGCUGUCUGAGGUGUGACUGACAACAGUAACUUCUGCCUCAUCUUUGUCCUUCUUGGAGCAAUGAAGAGUUUCCCUCUCCCAAAUGGUUCGAGGGAAGAGUCGUCUAUCGUUGUAGAUAACUUUUCAGAAAUAUGGAAAAGACCAGUUAGAUUUCCACCACAGGCAGUUCCUGAUGAGCCAGUUAUGGGACUGUUGGAUCCUGUGUGUUGUCCGAUAUUAUGAGUCUCUAGGUGCUACGAGUGCUAGGGAUCUUAGCCUACAAUCCUAAACACACUUACAAUCCUAUAGACGUCUCCUCAGGAGCAGGCCCCAUUGAGUGCAGUGGGACUUAAUAAUAAUAAUUUAUUAUUUAUACCCUGCCCACCUGGCUGGGUUUCCCCAGCCACUCUGGGCGGCUUCCAACAGAAUAUUAAAAUACAAUAGUCUAUUAAACAUUAAAAGCUUCUCUAAACAGGGCUGCCUUCAGAUGUCUUCUAAAAGUCUGGUAGUUUUUCUCUUUGACAUCUGGUGGGAGGGCGUUCCACAGGGCGGGUGCCACUACCGAGAAGGCCCUCUGCCUGGUUCCCUGUAACUUGGCUUCUCGCAGCGAGGGAACCGCCAGAAGGCCCUCAGUGAAUGAUGGGGGUGGAGAUGCUCCUUCAGGUAUACUGGACCGAGGCCGUUUAGAGCUUUAAAAGUCAGCACCAACACUUUGAAUUGUGCUCAGAAACGUACUGGGAGCCAGUGUAGGUCUUUCAAGACUUACUCCCAAAUAAGUGAGUACUGGAUUGCAGCCCACAAGAGACCAAGCCCUACUAGAUAUAAUGAGCCUUCUGAAUGAACACUUUGAGUUUCUGCAGAUAUUACCUUCGCUUGAUAACUGGGGUGAUAGAUUAGGUAACCUGUUAUGCUGCGAUAGCUCAGCCCGUAGAGCUUGAGACUCUUAAUCUUAGGGUCAUGAGUUUGAGCCCCAUGUUGGGCGAAAUAUUCCUGCAUUGCAGGGGGUUGGACUAGAUGACCCUCGUGGUUCCCUCCAGGACUACAAUUCUGUGAUUCUAACCUCUACUGCUACAUAAACAAUUUUCCAUGACCAGUUGAUUUCGUGGGCAGGAGCCUCUCCUAACCUACCUGGCAAUUGAAACCUGGGACCUUUUAUGUGGAAAAUAUCUGCUCUGCCUCUCAGCUACGGCCAUGUCUUUUUUCCCUUUGGGACAAUUUGGGGUGGGGUGGAGAGACUACAUUCACAAACUUUCAAUUGUUUAAUAAUGAUGUUUUUUUCUAGGGUAUUCAAGCUCAAACGGUUGCGAAUUUUUAUCUUGCGUUUGAAGCACAGCUGUCAAUAAUUCCUGUUAUAAAUAAGGUAACACUUGCCACACACAGUAUUAAAAAUUCUUAGAUAACUUUUGACUGUAGAAUAGCAACUUGCUCUCAGCACCUCUGAAUGCAGUUGUGACAGAGGCCAGCCAUGGAAGGCCAAGAGGCCAUUCUAGUUGUGUAUCAUGUCUAUAGUUGUCUCUUCCCUGAUUUACAUCAUUCCGUCAACAUAUACCGUAUUUUUCGCUCUAUAAGACGCACCUUUUCCCCUUCAAAAAUUAAGGGGAAAUGUGAGUGCGUCUUAUGGAGCGAGUGCAGGUUCCUUGGCUUCAGCGAUAGCAACGCAAAGCCUCCGAAGUGCAGAGGGAGAGCUCCCCCUGCGCUUCGGAGGCUUCGCGUUGCUUUCGCUGAAGCUGCCUGAAGCCCCUGGAGUGCAGCGCAAAUUCCCGCUGCGCUCCGGGGGCUUCAGGCAACUAUCUGCAAGCCUUCGGAGUGCAGCAGGAGUUCCUGCUGUGCUCCGAAGGCUUACGGAUAGCCGCCUGAAGCCUGGAGAGUGAGAGGGGUCGGUGCACACCGAUCCCUCUUGCUCUCCAGGCUUCGCUUCACUGGAGAGGCACUGCACAGUUUUCCCUCUCUGCGCAGCGCCCCGUCAGCGAAGCGGCAGGAGAAAUGGAAGGGGCUCCAUUUCUCCUGCCGCUUUGCUGAAUGGGAGCUGAGCAGAGAGGGGGAGAAUUUUCCCCCCCGAUCUCCCCCUCCUGUGGUCCAGUGCGUCCUAUGGUCCGGUGCGUCCUAUAGAGUGAAAAAUACGGCACUUAACUUUUAAGGUCCUUUAUGAGCUUCCUCUUUCUUUCCCAUGGUUUGUUCAUUUGUUUUAUUUUUCAGAAAUCUCUAUACCUGCCAGGGUUAAGGAAUAAUAAUAAUAAUAAUAUCACGGCAGUGGACAGCAUGAAAUCCGCAAUGAAAUUACAUUAGUGAAACAAGUAGCUCACAAAUCUGUAGGUCGGAUUGAUGCAUCCACACCAAUCCAGCAGGGAAAGCCUGGGAUGGGUGAACAAAUGAGUUGUAACCAGGUGCCCAAAUGCCAAUAUUGAAAUUGCCAGCCUCGUGUUCUUUCAGGACACACGCCAAAGGGUAGGUGCUGCCACACAAGAGGCCCUCCCAUCAAAUGUCAAGGAAAUAAACAACUAUCUGACUUUUAGAAGACAUCUGAAGGCAGCCUUGUUUAGGGAAGUUUUUAAUGUUCGAUCUUUUAUCGUGUUUUUAGUGUUCUGUUGGGAGCUGCCCAGAGUGGCUGGGGAAACACAGCCAGAUGGGCGGGGUAUUAUUCUUAUUCUUAUUCUUAUUCUUAUUCUUAUUUAUUAGUUAUACCCUGCCCAUCUGACUGGGCUUCCCCAGCCACUUUGGGUGGCUUCCAACAAAAUAUUAAAAUACAGUAGUCCGUCAAACAUUCCUUAAACAGGGCUGCCUUCAGAUGUCUUCUAAAAGUCUGGUAGUUGUUUUCUUUGACAUCUGGUGGGAGGGCAUUCCACAGGGUGGGUGCCACUACCGAAAAGGCCCUCUGCCUGCUUCCCUGUAACUUGGCUUCUCGCAGCGAGGGAACCGCCAGAAGGCCCUCAGCGCUGGACCUCAGUGUCCAGGUAGAACAAUGGGGGUGGAGACGCUCCUUCUGGUAUACUGGACCGAGGCUGUUCAGGGCUUUAAAGGUCAGCACCAACACUUUGAACCGUGCUUGGAAAUGUAUUAUGAUGAUGAUGAUGAUGAUGAGCAUAUAGCACUACUAAGUGGUCCCUCUUAUUCUUUAUAUUGUGCUCAAUUUAAUCUUCUGGGUAGGCCUGCUACUUCUUCAGUGCUGCCUUAUCCUUCAGCUCAGAAGUUGCAAUUCUGUGGAUUUACUUGGGAGUAAGCCCUGCUGAAAACAGUGGCACUUAUUUCUGAGUAAACAUGCACACGGUUAUGCUUCGCAUCUGUCUGCUGAUGCCGAAAGAAAAACAGAAUUUUGAACCUGCUUAUUCUGCCCUGCAUUUUCUUUUACAAAUAUUUCAGCUGGUUUUUUGUUUCAGAUGUCCAUUUUCUGUGGUUUCCCCCUUUAUGCAUCCCCUCCCCUACCCUUCCCUUUACGUUAGGCAGAGGGUUUGUCUUUUUUAAAAUGGUUUGUCCCGUGCCCGGUAAUUUUAUAUGCUUUGUAAAUAAAAUAGGGUGACAACGAACCCAAGCUUUCCAAUAUUGUAUAAACUGCUCUCAACAAACUCCCAUCUUCUUGACUGCAGGUCCCUAGUCUUGUUCUUAAGUCACAAAAACUUCCCAGGUUGCUAGUAAAAGAUAAGGAAAGUGCAAAUGUAAAUGCAGUUCACAUUUUUAAAGCUUCUCUCAUUUUUGCUCUAACAGAAUUUACUUCUGACUUCUCUUACAUUGGGUGCAUUGUUCCGACAAUAACUUUGUUUUCCAGAUUGAUCUAAAGAAUGCAGAUCCUAAGCGGGUGGAAAAUCAAAUUGAAACGGUGUUUGAUAUCCCCAAAGACGAGUGUAUUAGGGUAAGACACCUUUUCUGGUGUAUAAAUAUGUGUGUAGUAGCUGUUGAUAAAACUACAUGGAAACCUUACCAGGUUAUUUUUAUUAAAUGAUUAUAUUCUCACAGUGCACAGUGUUUACUUAGAAUUAAGCUCCAUUGAGAUAAAUGAAACUCAGCACUUCUCCCAGAAUAAAGUGCCUUGCUUCCUUCUACUGUAAUCAUUGAAGAAAUGUAUUUGCUUACUAUUCAGAGUAAAGCAUUUUCAAAUAUAACUGCAUGAAGCAUAAUAUAUUGAGGUGGCAACAGCUUACUAGUUAGUGUGCGCUGAAUUAAGCUCUCUUUCCCUUUUUAAUUUGCUUUAGAUCUCUGCUAAGCUGGGAACAAAUGUCGAAAGAAUACUUCAGGAAGUUAUUGAACGAAUCCCUCCGUAAGUUUAUUUUUCUGGCAUCUUAUAUACAGUGGUACCUCUAAUUGAAUUCACGUAUCCUUCGGGAUACGUAUGCGGCAAACCUGGAAGUAUUUUUCCAGGUUUCGCUGCAUGCGCAGAAGCGGUCCCUCCGGUUGUAUAAACCUCGGGAUCUGACCGGAGCUCCAGAAUGGAUCCCGUCCGCAACCGGAGGUACCACUGUACUAUUGAGAAAUGGACUGUCUUGCAGUUACGCUGAGCCAUCUGCUUGAGCCAGUUACAUGUUUGCAUCUUUUUAAUAAUCUCCUUAAUUUAGUGAGUUAACAUCUCUCUCUCUCUCUCUCUCUCGUUUUCAGUUUUACAAUUUAAAAUCCUCAUUUUACAUCCUUAUGAUAUCUAUUACUUCCCUUCUUCUCUUUCCAUGGUUCAUUUUCCAUAUCAUAAAUCCCUGCAUAUUUUACAAAAACUAUACCAUUCAGUAUUCCAUUAUUGCAUCCAUCAAAACUUAUUUACACUGUUGUCUUAAUGCUGCCCAUGUUUUCAAGUGUACACAGUCUCCCCCCAUAUAUUCAAUAAAUAUUUUCCCAGUCUUCUCUAAACAUAUGUUCUUCUUGUUCUCUUAUUCUAUAUGUUAAGUCUGCAAGUUGUGCAUAUUCUGUCAACCUAAGUUGCCAUUCUUCUUUGGUUGGGACCUCGCUCGCUCUCCAUUUUGGGGCUAACAAAACAUGGGCCGCAGUAGUGGCAUACAUAAAUAACCCUUUUUGAAACCUGGGAAUUUCAGUCUGAAUUGAAUUCUUGAUUGAAUUCAGAUCAGUAGAUUUCUCUGGUAAAUAUAACAUGAUGAUAAAGCAGAAACAAAGGCAUUUCAAUGUUCUGUGUGCAGUGUGUGUUGCUAUUUGCUACAGUAACUGGAACUGUAUUUAUGCGAGCACUUGGAAAACAGGCAUUUGGUAUUGAAAAAUAACUCUCAGUAUGUAUUACACAGUAAUACAUGAUAUAUAUGUCUUUCUUAUAACAGGCCCAGCGCCAGCACACAGGAUCCGUUGAAGGCUUUGGUGUUUGAUUCCACCUUUGAUCAUUACAGGGGUGUGAUUGCCAAUAUUGCACUGUUGGGUGGAGAGGUUCGCAAAGGCCAAAGGAUAGCAUCAGCUCAUACGAAAAAGGUUUAUGAAGUUAAUGAAGUGGGAAUUCUGAAACCCAACGAGCAGCCAACGCACAAAUUGUAAGUUGCAAGCGUUUGAAAUGAAUCAGAAACUCUUAUUUGUUUGGCCUUUCUCAAUAUCCGUAUCAGAGUUUCCCAAACUUGGGUCUCCAGCUGUUUUGGGGACUGCAGUUCCCAGCAUCCCUGACCGCUGGUCCUGCCAGCUAGGGAUGAUGGGAGUUGUAGUCCAAAACCAGCUGGAGACCCAGGUUUGGGAAACCCUGAUCUGGAUUCCUACUGCCAGCAGCAGUAAGACUGAUUUCCCAUCAGCUUUGCACUUUCCUUUGGCAAAACACAGAGCGGAAGCAUCUUCUUGCUUAGCUCAGCGUGGGGAAGUGGCUAAUGGCAUUUUAUAGGUAAAGGACCCCUGGACGUUUAAGUCCAGUCAAAGGCGACUAUGGGGUUGCAGCGCUCAUCUCGCUUUCACGCCGAGGGAGCCGGCGUUUGUCCACAGACAGCUUUUUGGGUCUUGUGGCCAGCAUGAUGAAACCGCUUCUGGUGCAAUGGAACACCGUGACGGAAACCAGAGCGCACGGAAACACCAUUUACCUUCCUGCCAUAGCGGUACCUAUUUAUCUACUUGCACUGGCAUGCUUUCAAACUGCUAGGUUGGCAGGAGCUGGGACAAAGCAAUGGGAGCUCACUCCAUUCAAACCACGACCUUCUGAUCAGCAGACCCAAGUGGCUCAGUAGUUUAGACCACGACGCCACUUGUGUCCCAUGAUGGCAUAUAGGAGCUGUUUCAUGGUGCCUCUGUCCCAGGACAAAGCACUGUUGACUGACUAAUGUAUUUUUAAUCUUUGCUGGAAGCAAACCUAGCAAGAUGGGCGGGGUGCAAAUAAAUUAUUAUUAUUGUUGUUGAUGUUGUUGUUGUUGUUGUUAUUACAUUAACAUUUCAGGCAAGAGUAAAAUGCUCUGCUUCCUGUCCAUUUGCCAAGGCUGUGCAGCAAGUUUUGUAAAGAUUGCAGCACACAAAUAUGGGGAAGAGGAUUUGACAUAAUUGUAGGCAUUUGAUAAUGUGCGAUUAAAUCCCUAAACAGCUUCUUCUUGCCAAGAAAAAAGGCUUGAAAUAUCUAAUGUGAUAAAUAUUUCCGCAUGAUGCUGGUUUCAUUUAGAUAUGCCGGCCAGGUUGGCUAUCUCAUUGCUGGAAUGAAAGAGGUCAAAGAGGCCCAAAUAGGAGACACAAUCUAUUUGCAUAACCAACCAGUGGAGCCAUUGCCCGGGUUUAAGUCGGCAAAACCCAUGGUCUUUGCAGGUGAGGCACACACAUUCAAUGACAGGAAGUACUUUCAUGUUUACUUAUACCGGUAGAGUGCUUAGGUGCAUUUAGGAAUCGUCGUUAACCGUAACAGGAACGCCAUGGAUCCCUGUAUAAAUUGUACCCCUGUUACAGCACCAACACUUUUUUGUGCUCAGAAACAUACUGGGAGCCAAUGUAGUUCUUUUAGGACUGCUGUUAUAUGGUCCUGGCAGCCGCUCCGAGUCACCAGCCUAGCUGCUGUAUUCUGGAUUCAUUGCAGUUUCCGAAUCACCUUCAAAGGUAGCCCCACGUAGAGCGCAGAAUCUUCUUGUUGACCAUGCUUUCAUUUUGUGUUUAUGGUGGGUUUCUGUAAAUUAGGUGAGGUGGUGCUUCAGUGCCCGUCAAGAUCACUGCUUAUUACAACAGUGGCUUUAGAGCCAGUGUGGUGAAGUGGUUAAGAGCAGUGGACUCGUAAUCUGGUGAACCGGGUUUGAUUCCCCGCUCCUCCACAUGCAGCUGCUGGGUGACCUUGGGCCAGUCACACUUCUCUGAAGUCUCUCAGCUCCACUCACCUCACAGAGUGUUUGUUGUGGGGGAGGAAGGGAAAGGAGAAUGUUAGCCGCUUUGAGACUCCUUAGGGUAGUGAUAAAGCGGGAUAUCAAAUCCAAACUCUUCUUGGGAAAGGUGGUUUAUUUUUUGUUGACAGAAUAGUGAUUUUGUACAGGCUUGUGAAUCGCUAUGCCUUUUCACAGUUAUUCAGAUAAACGGCUUUACUUGAUCAGAUUUAAUUUCAAGGAAUGAUUUCCUCGCAUGGAUGGGUACCUUCGAAAAUUUCAGUCAGUUUACUCUGAUGGAAAACUUCCAGGAGGAGAAUAUUUUUGAGACUUCCUUAUGUUCAUGCAAUUGAUCUUUCUCUUCCCCUCCUCCCAGAAGAGAAGGAUAAGUUAUUCAAGCUGCCUACUGCUCAGUCAACCACUGAAUCCAGCCCUUAUGUGGAACAAGACUGAAGACUGAUAAUUUAAGAACCUGGUAUAUUAUUUGUGGGCUGGCACCUGUCUCCUACAGAGAAGAAGAAGAAGAAGAAGAAGAAGAAGAAGAAGAAGAAGAAGAAGAAGAAGAAGAAGAAGAGUUUGGAUUUGAUAUCCCGCCUUUCACUCCCUUUAAGGAGUCUCAAAGCGGCUAACAUUCUCCUAAGAAGCGUCUUAAGUGGUUCUAGAGAAAAUGCUGGAUGAAAUAUAUGAGGAUCAGCUGCCUUUAUCAGCCAAGUUCUGUGUUGUAUUGACAGGAAUGUACCCAGUAGACCAGUCGGAAUAUAACAACCUGAAAAGUGCUGUAGAAAAACUGACUCUUAAUGACUCCAGUGUUUCUGUUCAUCGUGAUAGCAGCCUUGCCUUGGGAGCCGGAUGGAGGUGAGACUUGCAAUAUUCAAUCUUCAGCGCCACAAAGCACAAACAUUUUCUCUUGAUUUCCUUUGGCCAGGAAGUUUAACAUGCUUAGUUGGUGCUUUUUUGGGGGGGCGGGGACAUAUUUUUUAGCACUUUGUGAUUGACAGGGAAGAUUGAGUACCAUGUAAACGUUGCAUUUACAGGUUGGGCUUUCUCGGCCUUUUACAUAUGGAAGUUUUUAAUCAGCGUUUGGAACAAGAGUACAACGCAUCUGUCAUUUUGACAGCACCCACCGUACCCUAUAAAGCUGUUCUUUCCUCAGCAAAAUUGAUAAAGGUAAUGGUAUGGUUUUGAUUUGGCUUUUUGAAAUCGGGGAGGGGCCAUUCUGACUUUUUUUUACCUUCUGUAGGAACAUGGAAAAGAGGUGAUCACCAUAAUAAAUCCUGACAAGUUUCCUGACAAGUCAGUAGUGGCAGAAUACUUGGAGCCUACAGUUUUGGGCACUAUCAUAGCACCUGAUGAAUAUAUUGGAAAAAUAAUAAGUCUAUGCCAGGUUAGUGAAUUUUUUUUAAGCUUGGGUCUCCUUUCUGCCUUCAGGGUUGAGAUGAAAUGAGGCAGUUUUAAUUUUAACGAGCCAAAAGUUAAUUUUAACGGGUCGGUCACACUCUUAGAGAGCCACUUGUCUGCUGAAGAACCUCCCCUAUUGCAGAGGAUUCUGGGGGAUAUUCUUUGUUAACAUCGGUCAAGUAUCUUGAGCCUCCUUUUCCCCGGUGUGAACUGAGCGUUUGCUCUAGAAUAUGUUCAACCCGCAAUGCAGAGAACAUCCAUGGUGGCAAGCAAGUUUUUCAGAAAAUGCAGGUUCCUCACAAGAGAGUUUGGAAAGCCAGGAACAUGUUUGAUUUGGCCAAGCACAUUCACAUGGAUUAACUCGCCAUGUGAAGUUGUUCAGAGCUGUUAGCCUGUUUUAUCCCAGUAAUCCUUAUUACAACCCUGUGAGGCACUAGGCAGCUUCAUUCCAGAUUGGAAACCGAGCUGAAGUAACAGUGGCUGGCCUAAGGCUAUAUAUUCAGUUUGUGACGGAGAUGAAGUUUCAGCUGACAACUUCCCGGCUCUCAGCGCUCAGACUCUAAGCCACUGAAGUACUCUGUCUCUUCAAAUAAAAUCCAUGUAUAUGUAUAAAUUGGUUGAGAGGAAGUUACACGCAUCAGAGUUAUUCAUUUAACUGGUUAACUGAUUAAAUGAACAAACGUGGAUUUCAAAUAUGGAAUUGGUUGAUAAAUAUGUUUAGGCUUAUGCAGCAACAGGAGAUAUUAUAUAUAUAUAUAUAUAUAUGAAAAUCCUUAUGGCUGAGUUUUAUAGCAUGGAGACACUCAGUUGGUUGUCUUGUCCAAUGACUUCUCUCAAACAAAACAUCCUUUACAAAUGUUUGUUUGAUCACCAAGAGAGAAGAUGCCACCGCUACCUUAGGCUUCUUGCUGCAGUGCAGAACUUCCUAGAUUAAGUGCAGUUUCUUCUAAGGUUCAUACUAAAUCUGAUGUACUAUAAUCUAUUUCUUGUCUUAUCCUCCGUGGAUAGGAUGUUUCGUUUCCCUUCUUUGUACUAAGAGCCUUAAAAAUAUUUUAUGGUAGUCAACCAGUUCUCCAGAUUAUCGAGGCUCAGCACAGCAAAAAAAGAAAAGAAAAGAAAAGAUGGGACUUUGUCCUAACUAGCUUGCCAUCUUAAAUUACAAUUUAUUUCACUCUGUACAACUUGGUCUCCUGAAGCCAUUUCUCACCCAGCAGGCAAAGUUAUAGGAGAUCAAGCAAAAUAGCUUUACAUUACAGUGGUACCUUGGUUUAUGAACUUAAUUUGUUCCAGAAGUCUGUUCUUAAACCAAAGCAUUCUAAAACCAAGGCGUGCUUUCCCAUAGCCACGGGGGACUCAACUUACAAAUGGAACACACUCAACAGGAAGCGAAACACGUUCUGCUUCCAAGGCAAAGUUCACAAACCAAAACACCUACUUCUGGGUUUGCAGUGUUCUCAAUCCAAGUUGUUCAUAAACUAAGCCAUUCUUAAACCAAGGUACCACUGUAUUUUCAUGAAACUGUUGGUACCUUAGCAAUAAGAAAAGUGAGUAGUCGGGAGAAAGACCUACAGAAGAAUGUGCAAACAAGAUGAAAAAAUAAAUAUCUAUUCCAUAAAGAAACACUGGAGCUUUUAUUGCUUAGUUAUGUUAAUUUGCCAGGUCCCAGUAAUAUCGGUCCUUCAGUUUAAAAUUCACCCAUCAUGUUUUAGAAUGGAAUAUUUACUGAAGAUUUAUAUCAUGAGAAAUUCUAGUUGACUGUCAAAACUAUUGUGUUGCUUGCCAGACUCGAAGGGCUAUUCAGAAGGACCUAGUAUACAUUGAUGACCACAGAGUCAUGAUGAAAUAUUUCUUUCCACUAAAUGAAAUUGUCGUUGACUUCUACGAUGCUCUGAAAUCCCUCUCAUCUGGAUAUGCCAGGUACAGCAAUGUAUUUUUUUAAAAAAAAUAAAAUUAAGUGGGACAUUCAUUAUUUGUUGGGUUUUCAGAAUUCCAGUUGUACUCAGUCCCCACUGAAUUUCAAGGUUUUGCAGAAGAGGUGGAGUCUCUCCAAAGUGCAUGAAAUAAUAAUAAUAAUAAUUUUACCCCACUCAUCUGACUGGGUUGCCCCAGCCACUUGAGGAAUACAAUGGUUUUGCCUCCAUUGUAGGGCAGAAUGGGCAAGUUUAUGCAUCUUGCAGGACCAUUCUAUACAUGUCUGCUCUGAAGUAAGGCCCAUUGAGUUCAGUGGGACUUCUUUGCAAGUACAUGUGUAUGCAGACUAUUCCUCAGGUUUCCCUGCGACAUGUUUGAGGACAAAUAGGUGGGGGAGGCUGUCUUUAAGGCCUUGUGGGACAUAAGCAGGUUAUUUCCUUUCUGCACUAUUUUAAGUCCUCUAGCAAACGCUAGUAAACACUGGGAGAAUAUUUUGAAAGGGGGAAAACCCUCCUGAGAAGAUUAUUUCAAGGACAGUCAAACCUCGGUUCCCGAAUGCCUCCAUUUUCGAGCGUUUCGGCUCCCGAACACCGAAAACCCGGAAGUAAAUGCUCCGGUUUUUGAAUGUUUUUUGGAAGCUCCUGCAGCCAAUCAGAAGCCAUGCCUUGGUUGUCGAUCGUUUUGGAAGUCAAACGGUCUUCUGGAACGGAUUACGUACAACAACUGAGGUUUGACUGUAUAGAAAUGGAAGAGCAAUGACUUAUCAGAUCGGUGUCUAGACAACUGGGUGAAUUUAAUAUACCAAACUGGGAAUAGAUCUAUAUCUAUAUGUGAUUAAGAAUAGGCCAUGUAUUUAUUGUUAUUUGCAAAGGGGACUUUUUUUUUCUUUUUUACUGAGGGACAACAAACCUGUAUCUUUAUUUGAAGAAUUAAUGCAAAUAUUAUAUUAAAAACACUGUCUUUAAAAAGCCGAAGCCAUUUUGAGUGAUGAAUUUAAUGUUCUCCCCCCCCCUUCAGUUUUGACUAUGAAGAUGCAGGAUACCAGCCUGCGGAUCUUAUCAAAAUGGAUGUUCUUUUAAAUGGGAACCCUGUAGAAGAGCUCAUAACUAUUGUUCAUAAGUAAGUAAACUAAAAAUGCAGCCCUAGUCUGCAGAGGGUAUCUUUAAGAGAUGGUAUGGGUGGGUGUUCAAGAAAAGUAUGUGGUGGAAGAAUGAUUAGUCCCUAAACUCUGCUGGAUUUACACUGACUUAGGGCAGAAAGUGGGACGCGGGUGGCGAUGUGGUCUAAACCACUGAGCCUCUUGGGCUUGCUGAUCGGAAGGUCGGCAGUUCGAAUCUCCGCAAUGGGGUGAGCUCCCGUUGCUCAGUCCCAGCUCUUGCCAACCUAGCAGUUCGAAAGCACAUCAAGUGCAAGUAGAUAAAUAGGUACUGCUCCAGCGGGAAGGUAAACGGUGUUUCCGUGCGCUGCUCUGGUUCGCCAGAAGUGGCUUAGUCAUGUUGGCACAUGAUCCAGAAAAACUGUCUGUGGACAAACGCUGGCUCCCUCGGCCAGUAAAGCGAGAUGAGUGCCGCAACCGCCGAGUCGUUCAUGACUGGACUUAACUGUCAGGGGUCCUUUACCUUUUAGGGCAGAAAGCAGGCUCACUUUUUUCCUUGUAGCCCAGGGGUCUGCAACCUUUAAGACAAAAAGAGCCACUUGGACCCGUUUCCGAACGAAAAAAAAACUGGGAGCCGCAAAACAAGCCAAAUGUAAAUAACCACACAUUCUUCCCCUUCCCCCAUUCUCUCUUUUCCCUGAGUCUAUUUCAGAUAGCAAAGAGGGGUAUGGUACCUCUCAUAUCCAUUUUUUGCAAAGCACCAUGUGCAUAGAGGGCAUUAUACAAAUUAAUACAUAGAAAAGUGUCUGUCCCUCCCUGCAGUUCAACUCCCUCUCUUUUUACUAACAGCACAUAUCCAUUCCUUCUGCUAUUGCAACUUUCUCAUCAUUUCUACAUAGCAGCAUUUAUAAACCAGUGCCAGAGAAACUGGGUGAAAGGAAGGUGAGAGGGAAGAGAUAUGAAUAUUUAUGUGUGUAUAUGCAUACAUACACCUACACAAUUACAGGUUUGAAGCCAACUUAAAAUAAAAAGACCUGGUAAGCAAAGGAAUCUGUGGUGCUUUCCAUGGGAUCCAGGGACAUGUCAGCUAAUACUCUUCCCUUUCUUCUUCAUUUGCUUGUCUCUGCAGCAAAUCUCGAGGGGGAAGGGAGAAGGGCAGGAAUUGCAUAGGCACGAGAGAACGGGGGAAAUCCUGCACCUGCUGGCUACCUCUGGACCCCCUCCUCGUCACUGACGGAAUUCACCCCUUCCUCCCUGACAGGGAGGGCGGGCCCAUUUUGUGGUUCACCUCAGGUGCUCUCCCUCAACUCGGCGGCCACUCAGAAGCAAGGCACGGAAAAGGAUCCCGAAGUACCACUGCCACCCCUCACACACACAAAAACCCCGCCCCGCCAUUUCCCUCGAGCGAGCGCGCUCUCUCUCCCUCGCCUCAGGUGCCUCGCGCGCGGGGCUGAGGAGAGCGUGGCCUGGGAGAGCGUUCCCCCUCGCCGCCGCCGCCACCCGCCCUACCCCGGGGGAAGCUAUGAGCCAUGAAGCCGCCUGGCAGAACUUCCCUCCGGCGGCAGAAGCAGCAGCAGCCCUUCUCCGGCCGCCGCCGCCUCCUCCUCCAUCCCAGCAGCCGCCGCCUCUCGAGCUCCGCUGACGCCGCCGCCUUGCUUUGCCCGGCUCGGCUGCCCAGCUCCAUCCCCCUCCUCUUUCUGGCGCGUCUGCUUUUCUGCUCAGGGUCCCCGAGGAUCUGCGGAGCCGCGGCAAAGGUGUAAAAGAGCCGCAUGCGGCUCCGGAGCCGCGGGUUGCCAACCCCUGUUGUAGCCAGUUUUUCUAAAACCCCAUUGAUUACAUUGGGAGGGCCUCACUUAUCAGGUCCAUGUUGGAAGUAAUGGGAAGGCUUGUGGAUCUAAGCCAACCCUUGACCCCGCUGACAGCAGAGGAAUAAUAGAAAAUGCCACUGGAAAGCCCACAGUAUCUUCUGACCCCUUUCAGGUACCAUAGGAUUGUGCCUGAAGUGCAAUUUCCUGCUUUUGGUUACAUUCCCAAAACUACCUGUUUGAAUUUUCAGUUUCAUUGUACAGGUUGGUGCUGUUCCAGUACAACACGAGUUCUUCAUUUCAGCGGUUCUGUUUCAUUGUGGAACAUUAAUCCUUCUCCCCUUUAUAUAGUUAAAUGGAAAAAUCUAAUUGCAAACCUUGUUUUACACUUUGACAUCCCGGUCUUUUCCUUUUUUUUUUUUUUUUUUUUAAGGGACAAAGCAUACACUGUUGGGAAAGCUCUGUGUGAGCGUUUAAAAGACGUUAUCCCAAGACAGCUAUUUGAGAUAGCUAUUCAGGCAGCUGUUGGGAAAAAAGUCAUUGCGAGAGAAACGUGAGUUGUUUUGUGUUUUGCUUUGCUCUAAAAAAGUCAUUUGUUAGAGAAGUGCUAGUAUUGCAAACCGAAUAAAAGUCCCUCCCCUCCCCCUUUUAUCACUUGUAACUAUUAAAGUUGUUUCCAAUAUUUACUUGAGAAGAUGACAUUCUAGUCCAGGCAUAGGCAAACUCGGCCCUCCAGAUGUUUUGAGACUGCAAUUCCCAUCAUCCCUGACCACUGGUCCUGUUAGCUAGGGGUGAUGGGAGUUGUAGUCCCAAAACAUCUGGAGGGCCGAGUUUGCCUAUGCCUGUUUUAGUCUCUUUAAAGGUUACAACUAAAGUAAAAAUCACUGUGGUCUUUCAUUUAGGCUACUCACUUCAAGAGCAUUUCAGAUUAGUCUCCAUUCGUUCUAGCGGAUGCCAGCUUUAUUUCAGAGACGGCAUCCAGACAAAGGAUCUGCGUGAAAAUCUCAGCAUACAAGGAUAUUGGAACGAGAGCUGUUCACAAAGACCCCCUGGAUCCAGGCCGUUUCGUAACUUUAAAGAUCAGCACUUUGCCUUUAGCCUGGAGACUAACCAAAAUUUUGACUUUCUUAAAGAGGUAUAUCUUGUGCCUUAGGUGGCUGGUAUUAGUCUGCAAUUGCAAUCUGGAUCACCAGAAAUUUCUGAACUGUCUGAAAGGGUAGUCCCACAUAGAAUGCAGAAUAUGGAGCAGAGUUGAGGCAGUAACCAAAUAACUUCCCAUUCCAAAUUAAAGGAAUGGUCUCACGAAAGGAAAUAUAUUUCUGUCAUACCACUUUGUAAUUAGGAAGCGCAUAGCAGACUACAGUGGUACCUCGGGUUAAAUACUUAAUUUAUUCCGGAGGUCCGUACUUAACCUGAAACUGUUCUUAACCUGAAGCGCCACUUUAGCUAAUGGGGCCUCCUGCUGCUGCCGCGCCGCCGGAGCACAAUUUCUGUUCUCAUCCUGAAGCAAAGUUCUUAACCUGAAGCACUAUUUCUGGAUUAGCGGAGUAUGUAACCUGAAGCGUAUGUAACCUGAGGUACCACUGUAUUAGAAUUCUCUCCAAUUUUCCUCUUGGAUAUGGGAAAAGUAGCCAUGGAGUAAGGCUGACACCCAGUGGUUAAAAUGAACUAGAAAAUAUAUUUCAUUUGAGGCCACAUGCCGAUUAUUGAGUUGCCUUUUGUGAUAUACCACGAGGUGACAUCAUGUAACAUUUUUGCAGGGCAUCUUGUGAAAAUGCACUUUGGUUUAAGCACUGAAACUUAUUUCUUCCAGAGUGAAAGCUUAUAGAAAAAACGUCCUGGCAAAAUGUGUAAGUGUCAUUCUUUUCUUUUCUGUGGGGCAGAGAGAGACUGUCUGAUAAUCACCUUCCUUUUCCUUUGGUAACGUCUGGUGAUUGUAGAAUCAUGCCCUCCCCCUUGGUUUUUUGCUUCCUCUAUUGUAGGUACUGGUGCUAAGCUAUAUACUCCUGCUUUUCUGUUAUGUUUUAGGUUCAUGUUGGUACAUGCACAUUCAGUAAAAAUGACAAGUUUGCUUUUGGUGGCAGUUCCACAGUGUGUGAAGUUAAGAGAUCUGGUUUUUAUAAGAGUUGUGCCACUUAUUUCACCCAGAGCUCAGGGUAGCAAUUUUACAUUUAUCUGUCUUUUUAGUUGCCUUGGGUACUUGAAAAACAGUAGAACUGUUUUGACCAGAGUAUGCCAGCCAGUAUUAUAGAUAUUCAUAUUGUAAAACACAGAGAAAAUAACCUGUUUGUUUCCCUUUAAACAGUACGGAGGAGAUAUUACACGGAAAAUGAAGCUAUUAAAGCAGCAAGCUGAGGGAAAGAAGAAGUUGAGGAAAAUCGGAAACGUGGAAGUGCCAAAGGAUGCCUUCAUAAGUGUUCUAAAGAGACAGACUGACAAGUAGUUGGAAGUCCACAAUUACGGAUUUUUUUAAAGUAAACGUUUGACAGACUAGUGUUUACAAUGUGGAUGCCCUGUCUGGAAUCCGAUAUAUCCUGUGUGUACAUACGGCUCAAGACUCUGAAAUGUCAUGAAUGUAAAUGUACACUUUUGACAAGUGUUCUGAUUUCAAGAACGUUUAUAAAUGACGAGUAGCUAGAAAGCCUGCAACUCUUUAAAAAAUCA